AUGUCUUGUUCUUGCACGAAGAGAACUCUUCAAUUAUUUAUACGAAAUGUAGCCCAAGUUGAGUUAGCUGCUUCAAGCACAUCCACUUACCCACCACAAAGAACCAAUUUCCAAAGGUUCAAUGUCCCCUCACUUCCAUCUCUCCAUCCUUCGCACUCGAGAGCAUACUGGUCGGCUUAUUCAUCUGAACCCAGAAGAGAUACUGUCGAAGAUGCGCCUAUCGAAAAUCAAGAAGGACCUCCUUCUGCGACGGAAGGGCACAUAAAUACUACACCCGAAAAGAUUGAUGAUAUGGACGACUUGUUUAUGGAGAUCACACCCGAGUCUUUAGAUGCGCUUGCAGCGGAGACAAGUUCCGGGUUAGCAAAUUCGCAGUCAAGGGAAUCAAAGGAAUUGAAACAGCCAUGGCAAGCAGAGAAAUCGAGAAAAUUCAUUGACCCGGAAGAGACAACGGAAGAGACAUGGACCCAAGGAGAACCGAUAGACAUAUUUUCAAAACCGAUGAAAAAGCCAAGAUGGGAUAAACCCGUGGAGUCAUUGAGGUUCAGAAGCAUCAAAAUUGACAACGCAGUAGCAGUGCCGUAUUCCCCACAAGCCAGCACAUCGAAGAGAAACAUGGUGCGUGAUGAUUGGACGCCACCCGAUCGUAAAACUUGGAUGGAGCAAAAAGCAGCACUGAAGGAAAAAUUCCCUGAGGGUUGGAAGCCGAUGAAGAAAUUAUCACCAGAAGCGCAGGCAGGUAUUCGAGCACUACAUGCUCAAUAUCCAGAGCAAUAUUCUACGCCUGCAUUGGCCGAUCGUUUUCAAGUAUCUCCAGAAGCGAUUCGGAGAAUCUUGAGAACUAAAUGGGUACCGAAGCCAGAAGAAGAGGCAGACCGGGAGAGAAGAUGGUUUCAAAGAGGAAAGAGCGUAUGGGGUAGAUAUGCUGAAUUGGGAGUAAAGCCUCCCAAGAGAUGGCGAGAGGAAGGUAUAGGUAGGGGCAAACCGGAAUGGAAGAAGAGAGCAGCUCCUGUCCUUACGACUAGUCGACCUGGAACUUCCGAACCUCGGAGGCCAGAGACGAUUAGUCUCGACGAUCAGAUGGAAGAUAGGAUUUUUUGA